AUGACAAACGAUGUUAUUAUCAAACAAAAAGAAGAUGUGAGUGAGUCUUCUCAAGUAACGAAGAACGUUGAUGAUGUCUCUACGUUGGCGGUUGCAGGUAAAGAAGAAGCAGAAGUAGAAUCACAAGAUAUCGUUGUGAAAUCUGUAGAGGAAUCGGCGGUGGAAGAAGAAAUCGAAGAAACCGAAAAAGUUGUCAAUACCAGUUUCGAACCACAUGAUAACGUAGUUGUUGAUCUGAUUUCUAAUGGUAAUGGGCAUGAAUUUGAUAAAGAUGAACGCAUUAGACAGUUGGAAAUUCAAAUAUCAAUGUUGAAGACGGAUGGCAGUCAAUCGAUAAAUUCAGAUAGCACAGAAGUUGAAGCGCUUAGGAAACAAUUGACUCUGAUAGUGGAUGAACGGGAUAAUAUUAAAGCUAAUUACGACACGUUGCUAAGUAAAUUAUCCGGGAUGAAGCAAAUUUUUUCUAAAAUGAAAGAAGCACAAGCUGAAUUAGAAGAACAAAAGGCAAUAGCAUUAAAAUUAACUGAAGAAAAUGAAGAUAUUAAAGGACAAGCUGAGAAGCUAACAUUUGAAAAGGAAUCACUUGCCGAACAAAAUCAUUCUUUCAAAGAAGAAUUACAGGAUUUAAACGGUGAAUGCGAUCGAUUAUCUAAAACAUUAACUGAAUUAAGACGUGAAUUACUGUCAAAAGAUGAAAGUUAUCUGGAGGACAAAUAUGAAUUAGAGAAUGCCAAUGCUAAAUUGCAGAAGAAAGUGCAUGAUUUGAAGCAAGAAGUGAAUGAUUUGAGCGUAUUACGAGAUGAAUUGACCUUAGAGGGGAAAGAUUAUCAAGGCAAGAUUGAUACCUUAACAGAGAGGAUAACUGGGAAAGAUGAAGAGAUUGCUAAUUUAGAAGACCAAAUCAUUGAGUUAAAGAAAGCUAUAAGCGAGAAAGAAAAUGAAUAUGAGGAACAAUCUCAAAAAUAUUCAACCCAAAUAUCAUCCCUUGAAAGCAAAGUUGCUGAUCUUGAGGAAGAAAAAAGUAUAUUAACCUCAAGCGUUAGUCAACUUACUGAUCAAGUUACAUCCUUAAGUGGAGAUCUUAAUCAAGUGGAAGAGUUAAAAUCCGAAGUACAUUCCAAACUGUUACAAAUUGGGAAAUUGAGACAUGAAGCAGUUAUUCUCAACGAACACUUAACCAAGUCUUUAACUAUGAUCAACCAACAGACAAACAAUUCCAACAAUACUGUUGAUAGGGAAUUGAUUUCUAAUGUAAUUAUAUCCUUUUUACAAAUACCCAGAGGGGAUACCAAAAAGUUUGAAGCAUUACAAUUAAUAUCAGCAUUAUUACAAUGGGAUGAUCAACAGAAAGUGGCUGCGGGCCUUUCUCUGGGAGGCCAAAGAGCAAAUGGUGGUACAAAGGGUCAGCUUGCUCAUAGACAAAGCUUCAUUAGUUUAUGGACCGAUUAUUUGGAGAAGGAAAGCCAUACGUGA